AUGCGGGCGCCCGGGCUGGGGGGGCGGUCGCCGAGCGCGCGGGGCGCGGGCGGGGAGAAGUUCUCAGCCCCGAGUUUCGGGCGCUCGGGAGAGAAAGCCGCGGCGCGGAUCCGCCAGCCGCCCCGCCCUCAACCCCCUCCCGCCGCCGCCGCCGCCGCCGCCGCCUCGGCCCCGCCUUCCCUCUGGCGCAGGCCCCCGGGGCGCGGGACCCCGGCGCGACCUCCGUCCCCGGCCCGGGGCCCACGUUCCCUGCCGCCCUCCCCGGCCCGCUCGUGCCCCCGCGCGCCUCCCCCGGCGGCCAGCCGGGCCCGCGCGCUCCAGGACCCCGGCCGGCGGAGGAACGUGAUCGGGCAAGGCUGGGAGCCGGCCGCCGCUGGGAACCCGGUCUCGCCCUGUGGGGAGGCCCCGAAAGGAAGGGGGGUGAGCCUGGAUGGUUUAUCACAGCGAUUUUGUCCCUGCCGCGAUCGCCUGUGA